GCGUAUUGUUUUUGUUAUCACCAGUAUACACGUUAAUUAAUUAAUUAGUCGGAACCGUUUGCUGACGGGAUUCUCGGAGUGACGCCUUCGCAUACCAUACCGACCUCCUCUCUCCUCGAUCGUCCAUUCACUCCCUCACUCUACAGCUGUUUCCAUCCCUGCCGUUGAUCUCAUCGCCCUUUUCCCUAUCCCCAACCGUGCUGUGGGUGAGACGAGAGGAAGAGAUACGUAUCUUCCUUCGGCGCCCACAGAGAUGGACUCGGCCGCUCGCUUUCCGGCUCCGGAAGGAACGGCACUGGUCACCGCGGACGAGAUGUUCGCCAAGCGCGGCUGUUGCUGCUUCCGGAUGCCCUGGCCUGGCACGCGGGCGCGCAAGGCGGUGGAGCGGCGCGAGUACGGGGGAGGGCCCGUGACGGGGCGGUGGUGGUGGAGGCGAGGAAUGAAGGUGGUCAUGAAAGUGAGGGAGUGGACGGAGAUCGUGGCCGGCCCCAGAUGGAAGACCUUCGUCCGGCGGUUCCGCCGCCGGCCCCGUCACGGCGGGUUCGGAUACGACCCCCUCAGUUACGCCCUCAACUUCGACGAAGGGCUGGGCAGCGACUCCGACGGCGACAGCGUUAGACGGGGAUUCUCCGCCAGGUACGCCACUCCACCGGCAUCUGCCACGUCGUCGAUGGAUCUUGGGGGUCCCAACGACGCGCCGCCGUUCGUGGGCGACGCCCACCGAUGAGGGUGAUUGGAGACCGAAAGGGACGAUGUUUUGUAGGUCUUUCAUGCGUCUUGUAGGGGUUAAUUAAUCUCAUUUUCAUAUGUUUUCUUAAUACAUUCUACAAUUAUAUGAGAAAAAAACAGUUAUUUUGCCCUUU